AUGGCGGAGGCGGGGCGGCAGGAGGUAUGGUUCAGUGACUGUAAUGCAAAUUUUCAGAAGGUUGGAGACGUUUGUAUAGAAUGUCCACCUGGAUAUUUUGGACGUGAGUGUAAGCAAAGUUGUCCACCACCAACAUAUGGCAGUUUAUGCGGAGAAAUAUGUGACUGUGCACCUAGUGAAUGUGAUCCUACUUAUGGAUGUCCCGACAAAGAAAAGGGAGCAAACGGCUGUUCUCAGGGAUUACUCAUGGAUGCAAACCAGGGAUGUUGUUACAACUACCAAAAAAUAAAUAAUACUUGUCAAGAAUCUUCUCUGUCUAUCAAACGUACCACAGAAAUAAUAGAUAUUGUGCCCAAUCAAACAGGUGAAUUGAACAACAGUAAUGCUUUCAAAGAUUUUACUUUGCGUCCUGCAAAUGCGUACCAUUCAAAGACAGCAGUCAUUGUUUCAGUAGGAACAGGCAUAAUAUGCAUGCUCAUAUUCUAUAUAAUAUACGAGAUCCGAAUAUGUCGACGUCAAUGUGUGCCUAAAAUUACUCCAAGAGAAUGUGAUACCAUUUAAAAUGUUUACGCAGACCUUGUUGAAGUUAAUGUUGAGGAUCAUCAAUAGAAAAUGGUGAAACAACUUAAUUUAAAACGUUU